AUGGGAACAAAAGCAUUAGCAUUUGGAGCAAAAGCACUUGGAGCUUAUGACGCAGUAAAUAAAAUGAGUGGAGGAAGGGUUUCGAAGACAUUAGAUGCAAAUAAAGGAAAGAUUGGAGGCUGGGUUGCAAAGAAGUUAAGAUUAAAUAAAAUAGGGCUCAUAAAUAAAGCAUCCAAUUUGGUUGCGACUGAGUCAGAAAAUGCUUUAGGAAAGGACGAUGAGUUUGCAAAACACGCAAAAGACUUUAAUGACCAGAUGAAAGGUGAAACAAUGCAUUUAAAUAGAGUCGAUGGAACUAAAGAAAAUGUUUCUUCUCCACCAGCGGUUUAUCCAUACGGACCUUAUGGAAU